AUGGUGAUGAGCCCGGGAAGGAGACCGAGCCGCAUUUCUGCAGUGUCUCAAACCUCUGCCAGGAUCUGCAUCCUCCGGCGGAUACAGGCCCUGUGUGCAGACUCCCAGGAGAUGCGAGGCAGGUCUGAAGACCCCGGCAGGGGGCAGAGGGAAGUCGAGCAGGAGGCUGGGCCCCGAGGCAGGCACGCAGCUCAGCGAGGCCUUUGUGUCCUGCCCCCGCACUGCCGCGGCCCCUGGCAGUCAUGUGUCCCUCUGUGUGCGCAGUGCAGGGACUUCACGGCCCACACCGGCUACGAGGUGCUGCUGCAGCGGCUGCUGGACGGCAGGAAGAUGUGCAAGGACGUGGAGGAGCUGCUGCGGCAGAGGGCCCAAGCAGAGGAGCGCUACGGGAAGGAGCUGGUGCAGAUCGCCCGGAAGGCAGGCGGCCAGACGGAGAUCAACUCCCUGCGGACCUCCUUCGACUCCCUGAAACAGCAAAUGGAGAACGUGGGCAGCUCGCACAUCCAGCUGGCCUUGGCCCUGAGGGAGGAGCUGCGCAGCCUCGAGGAGUUCAGGGAGCGGCAGAAGGAGCAGAGGAAGAAGUAUGAGGCCAUCAUGGACCGUGUGCAGAAGAGCAAGCUGUCGCUGUACAAGAAGACAAUGGAAUCCAAGAAGACCUACGAGCAGAAGUGCCGGGACGCCGAUGACGCGGAACAGGCCUUCGAGCGUGUCAUUGCCAACGGCCACCAGAAGCAGAUGGAGAAGAGUCAGAACAAAGUGAAGCAGUGCAAGGAAUCUGCCACGGAGGCAGACCGGGUGUACAGACAGAACACGGAGCAGCUGGAGAAGGUGCAGGGCGAGUGGGAACAGGAGCAUCGCACCACCUGCGAGGCCUUCCAGCUGCAGGAGUCUGACCGGCUGACCAUCUUGCGGAACUCACUGUGGGUGCACUGCAACCAGCUCUCCAUGCAGUGCGUCAAGGACGACGAGCUCUACGAGGAGGUGCGGCUGACGCUGGAAGGCUGCAGCGUGGACGGUGACAUUGACGGCUUCGUCCAGGCCAAGAGCACGGGCAGCGAGCCCCCGGCCCCGGUGCCCUACGUGAACUACUACGACCGGGAGAACGCCCUGUCCAGCAGCCCGGGCGUCCAGCCGUCCUGCGGUGUGAUAAAGAGGUGGCAGGGUCCUAGUGCCAUGCUGCUGAAUCCCGAUGAGCUGGACAUCACUGCAGGGGACAUCCUGGGGGUCAUCCUGGAAGGGGAGGACGGCUGGUGGACGGUGGAGCUGCACGGGCAGCGUGGCUUUGUCCCUGGGUCCUACCUGGAGAAGCUCUGAGGGAGAGCGGGAGUCACACUUGGACCUGCCCUGCGGCCGGAGCACAUGGAACUCUCUCACCACCAUCCCCAUCUCUCCCCAGGGAAUAAACCAGUACCUUCUUCCCGC